CCUCGCCAACACCGAGGGGCCUGCCAGGUUUUUUCCUCGGCGUAUCACUGACUAACCUCUCUUGGGUAAAUCACCACGGGGAUCGACUAGGGGGGCAAAUGCCAACUUUAUCAGCUAGACCUACUGUAUAGGAUCGACUUCAACUUGUCUGAGCUUGGGGGGAGCUUGUAUAAGUUGUGUCCACAAUCCCCAGACUUUCUUGCUUCAUCUCCUCCACAUUCCACACUCUCUCUUCCUUCUUCAACCUCCUCUCACCCUCCCCUCUCUCUAUUAAACUAUUCAGCUCCUUCAGUCUUUGAGUUGAAUAGUCUUUGUUUGCUUGUUGGUCAAUUGACUUUGCUCUUCAACAACAACAAUCGACAUCAUGUCACAAUACUCUAGCGGUCCUGCUGAGAAGGACCUCAAGCAUGAUUACGAGAAUGAUCAACCAGCUUUGAACAACACGCCUUCUAUCGCUGGCGAAGCGCAAGUUCACGAUGAUGUCUUUGGUGAUAUCACUGAUGAAGGUCCCAACUACCGCGCUGUCGGCUGGAUCGGCACCGUCGCUCUCAUGAUGAAGACCCAGGUCGGCCUGGGUGUUCUGUCUAUCCCAGCUGUGUUCGACGUCCUCGGUAUCCUCCCCGGUAUCAUCUGCCUCAUCGUCAUCGCCGCCAUCACAACAUGGUCCGAUUACAUGAUUGGCGUCUUCAAGCGCAACCAUCCUCAAAUCUACGGUAUCGACGAUGCAGGCUUUCUGAUCUUCGGCCGAGUCGGACGCGAGAUCUUCGGUAUUGCUUUCUGCCUCUUCUGGAUCUUCGUUGCAGGAUCUGGUAUGCUCGGUAUCUCAAUCGGUCUCAACGCCGUCUCUCUUCACGGUACCUGCACGGCUGUGUUCGUCGCUGUUGCUGCUAUCUGCGGAUUCCUGCUGGCCAGUGUUCGCACCCUUGGUCGCAUCAGCAUGCUCGCCUGGGUCGGCCUCGUUUGCAUCAUGACUGCUAUUUUCACAGUCACCAUUGCAGUUGGUGUUCAGGAUCGACCUGCAGCUGCUCCUCAAGAGGGUCACUGGAAGUCUGACUGGAAGGUUGUUGGAAAUCCCAGUUUCACUGAGGCCAUUUCUUCCAUCUCAUCUCUCAUCUUUGCUUAUGCUGGUACUCCUGGAUUCUUUGCCAUCGCUGCUGAGAUGAAGCGCCCUGAGCAUUAUACCCGAUCUCUCCUCAUCUGCCAAACUGGUGUCACCAUCACUUACAUCGUCAUCGGCUGCGUCGUCUACCUCUACUGCGGUUCAUACGUCGCCUCGCCAGCUCUCGGUUCAGCCGGCCAUCUUAUCAAGCGCGUCGCCUACGGCAUCUCCCUCCCCGGCCUUCUCGCGACAACCGUCCUCGUCAUUCACUUCGCCGCCAAAUACGUCUUCGUCCGCCUCCUCCGCGGAACAAAGCAUCUCUCCUCCAACAGCGCUAUCCACUGGGGAACUUGGCUCGCUUGCACCAUCAUCACCACCGUCAUCGCCUACCUGAUCGCCUCCGGUAUUCCUGUCUUUGGUGGUCUUGUCUCCCUCGUUGGUGCCCUGCUCGGCACGCUCAUGUCGUUCCAGCUGUACGGCUUCAUGUGGCUGUAUGACAACUGGGCCAAGGGCAAGCGUGAUCCCAAUAUGAAGUGGUACCUCAUGGUUGCUUUCAGCGUCUUUGUUAUUGUCUCCGGUACUUUCCUCAUGAUCGGUGGUACUUAUGGAUCUAUUGUUGGAAUUAUCGACUCGUACAAGGCUUCUGGUGGCUCUGCUGCUUUCUCUUGUGCUGACAACUCGAAUUCCACUUAAGCGGCAGCGUUGUUUUCUUUUAGCAUUAUGCAUUGUAUAGCAUUGGAUUUAGAGGGUAGAGUAACACAUUCAUGCAUUAGAGGUUGAAGAAUAAAUCUACCAUCAUAUUUACAAA